AUGAGGUUUUCACGAAAUCCGUUUACUACGGUUGCUCUUGUCGUCGUCUGUGUUUGCUCCGGCUAUGGCAUUCAAAUUCCCGCAGUGCAAGCGGAAUCAAUCAAUAUCACUGUCGAUGAUAAUGGCCCCUUUGUGUACAAACCACAGGCUUUGUGGCAUUCGAGUACUACGUCGUCCCGAUCAAUUCAAAGGGCAGCUGAGCUGGCAUAUCAUGGAACGUGGCACUAUAUCAUGAACGCCCCGUCACUGCCUCUUGCAGAGUAUCAUGAGGACAUCAACUCGGCCGACGUACCUGUCACGGUCGAAUUCAAUUUCACUGGCUCGGCAGUUUACCUAUAUUCAAGUCUGCCUUUGGGUAACACCUCCCCAUCGUCUUUGGUGAACCUUACCUAUUCCCUGGACGACGUUUAUGCUGGGCGUUAUAUCCAUGAUGGGUCGAGAUUUGCUGCUGGAGUCACGCACAAUGUCGCUAUAGUCAGCAGAAGUGGUCUUGAAAACCGGUUCCACUCUUUACGCGUCGACGUUGGUCGCGGCUCUGUGUUUUUCUUCGACUAUGCGGUGUAUACCGAAGAACGUCCCAUUGCUGGUGUCCUUGUGACGUCCGAUCAUUCUCAGAACAUCAUGCCAAGAUCAAACAAUGUCGACCCAAUGUCCUCCGGUAAUUCUAGCAAGGGAGCCACAUUUGCUGUUGCAAUAGGUGCAACCGCUGGUGUACUCUUCGUACUCAGUGUUGGGCUGGCAUUCAACCUUUACAGGCGACGAAGGCUAUCAAAGCGACGAGGCUUGGAGGAACAGGAAGAGGAAGAGUUGGGGGAACAAUCACUAUAUCACGGCCAAUCCGACCGAAUGCACGGCCCAGUGCCUUUCAUCCCGCGCUAUUUCCCCGGCACUUUACCGCCUCCUCCGCCAUACGACCCCCUGAGUACCCAACUGGAUUCACUUCCCACACCUUCCACGCCCUCGUAUACUCCACGACAAGCUGACAAUGACGGGUCGUACGCGGACCACCCUCCCCCCACCCCCCCGCAAUCGCAAUUGCACGGAGAAGGGGGCAAUGAAGAGGGGGCCACUCAGACGCCUCCGCCAUUCGGUGAGGCUAUGGCGACUUCGCCGCCACCUGGGCCUACAGAACUUGUUUCGCAUGAUGACCCAUUGGUGGAUGAAAGGGAGAGUCAUGAAGCCCACCCCACUCUAGCAGUAUAUCCUGUUCGAUCUUCGCUGGUGAUGCUAGUUCCAUUAGAUUCAUCACGUCACAGUACCACUUCACACCCUACGGAGGGACACUAA